ACAGUAUAUGGAAAGUAGAUUAAAGGAUUAACAAAAAGAAAAGAUAAAGAUAAAGCAAUGAAUGAACUCAUUUUUUGGAGAAGAUUGGAGAUUGGAAGGUUUCGGAGGAAAAGGUCGGUUUUAACAGGGGAGCUUUUCUUAUUGCUCAGAGUGUUGUUAAAGGAGAUAGGUUUCAAUCUUAUGCGGCGGUUGGACAUCCUUGGUGGCUCCAUCAACUAUUUGAGGGUUCUGUAUCUCAAACAAUAUUCAUCAAUAUAUCAUUAUAUUGGAGAAAAAAAAAAAAAAAAGAUAAAGCAAUGAAUGAAAGACAAAGGCAAAAGGGUAAAAAUGGAAUUUUGAGGGAUAAAUGAAAGUAAGGCAAAUGUCCAUUUCAUUGAUCUUUUCUUAUAAUAUCAUAUUUUUUCUUUCAUUUUGGAAUCUUUCUCUCUCUCUCUCUCUAAAACCAGAUUCUUAAUAGAAGAAGAAGAAGAAGAAGAGGAAAGGAGAAAUCUGCCAUGGCGUCGCCGAGCAAACGUCGAGAGAUGGAUAUGAUGAAACUGUGGGUUCAUUUUCCAAUUGAUUGAAUUAUAUCUCUAGAUUUAUUCUCUGGGGUUUUUCUUCUUUUUUGAUCUGUUGAUGAAAUUUCUUCUUCUUCUUCUUCUUCUUAAUGAUGAAUUUGGAUUAAAUAGGAUGAUGAGUGAUUACAAGGUGGAUACUGUCAACGACGAUUUGCAAAUGUUCUAUGUCACAUUCCAUGGACCCACUGACAGUCUUUAUCAGGGGGGUGUAUGGAAGAUAAAAGUGGAACUUCCCGAAGCUUAUCCAUACAAAUCUCCAUCUGUUGGAUUUGUCAACAAGAUUUAUCACCCUAAUGUCGAUGAAUCUUCUGGUGCUGUUUGCUUAGAUGUUAUAAACCAGACUUGGAGCCCAAUGUUUGAUCUUAUAAAUGUGUUCGAAUCCUUCCUUCCGCAACUGCUUCUAUAUCCAAACCCAUCAGAUCCAUUUAAUGGAGAAGCCGCUUCUCUGUUGAUGCGAGACCGUGCAGCCUAUGAGCUCAAAGUGAAAGAAUAUUGUGAGAAAUAUGCAAAACCAGAGGAGAUUUUAAGUGAUGAUGAUGAUGAUGAUAGCAUGAGCGAAGAUGGUUCGGACUCUGAUGAUGAUGACGACGACGAAAUCGUUGGGAAAGCCGAUCCAUGACUGUUUACAAAUCAAUCUUUCUUUGCACUUUCAUUACUCCAUCUUCAACUUUAAACCAGUAAUGCUCAUUGCAAAGAGGAGAGAAGCUUUCCUCUGUAAAUUUGUAAAGACUUAUCAUUCUUUAGGACUAUUGAAAUCUCUUUUUUUUAAACAGUAGAUAAAAUGUAACAAUUUGCCAUCUCACACCAAUGAAACAUUAAUCCAUAUCUCAUUUUGUUUGUCUU